UCUGUGAAUCAAUGGCAGAUCCUAAAUCAAAGAGUAUUGAUUUACUGAUUGCUAUCAGUUUCAUGUAUCUACUUUCAAUCCAAUAUAUUCUGUAAAUCAAACAAUUAGUUCUUACCUUAGAUAGACUAUAGUCCUUGUAUAAAUCUAGGCAUUGUACUGUAAAGCAAUUAUCUAAUUCAAACAGAUUAUUCCAAUCUCUUCCUCUGGCGCUUGCCGGUUCUCCUGUUCCUAAUGCGGAUCUUGUCAACGUUAUCAUGAGCAAUGUUGGCCCCCUAUAUGAAACAACAAUCAGCUCCGUUCAAGCACGUGAUUCUCCUAUCACCUAUGAAGCCCUUGAAGCUCUUCUCCUUAGUGUGGAGCGCCGCGUCUCUGAAUAUGCCCUUCCUGCUGCUGACGAAGGAAGCCAUGCACUUCAUGCAGAUCGAUCUUGCGGACGAGGUCGGAACUCAUUGAUCUCUGGCCGUGGGGGUUCCAACCGUGGAGGAUCGCAUUCUCAUGGCAAUCUGUCCUCUGGAAUCACAAGUUCCGGUUCUGCUCACCCCAGAGGGCGUGGUACGUUCUCUCAUUCUCAUGGCUCCUCGUCUCGUGGGUCUUCCAUCUUGGGUCCAGCCCCAGGUACCCCUACAAGCAAUGGUAACUCCUUUUUCAAUACUGGUCGCAUUCAAUGCCAAAUAUGCUCUCGCACUGGCCACUCCGCUAUUGACUGUUUCAACCGUCUCAAUUUAUCUUAUGAGGGUCGUGUCCCAUCUUCUCGGCUCACUGCCAUGACUGCUCAUCACUCUCCUUCUUCUGAAACAUGGUUAACAGACACCGGGGCCAAUUCUCAUGUGACACCAAACCUAGGAUCUGAAGACGGGGAAGAUGCUCUACCACGGGAAGAGUGAAAACGGCCUUUAUCCAUUACGGUUUCCUUCAAAAACAUCCAAAGUGUCUAGUUCAUUGGCUUAUGUCGGCACUCGUGUCUCAGCUGAAACUUGGCAUUUUCGCCUUGGUCAUGCAUCUUCUGCUAUAGUAUCUAAAGUAUUGUCUAAUAAAGUUGUUCCAGUAGUGGGAUCAAGCACCUUCUCUUUUUGUCAAUCAUGUCCAUUAGGGAAAAGUACAAAACUUCCCUAUCAAUUAUCAGAUUCUGUUUCCAAUUUCCCAUUAGAAUUAAUACAUUCGGAUGUUUGGUGCUCCU